AUGCUUCCAGCUGCCCAUUGCUCAAUUCAGCCUACAAGUGGUCAAGACUACUCUUUCGAAGUCACCGUCUUGCUCGAGUUAGAGUUUCCUCCUGGGCGCGAUACCUUUAUCUUCAAGGUCAUUGUGGACGGGACCGAGUUUGACACUGGGAUGAUCGACAAAGAGAAGGUAGGUGAUGCAGGCUUUGCUCAAUACAUCGCGUGCCGUCGAGUUCCCAUGCCAGAUGGUACCACGAAGAUUGAGUCGUUAGUGUUUGCUGACUUGUCGCAAGUGGAAAAUGCACCGGAUGAGAAGUUUGAAGCCGAUAUGGAGAGAAUCAGCGAGAUGGGUAUCAUUAAGGUUGUUGUCGGGUUUACAACGCGAUUCGAGCCCGAGAGCCCUGCGCCCUACGAUACCACCAUUGAGGAGGUGGGCUCGCUGGAAAUUUCUCAGAAGGCUAUGGUUCUUCAAGGUCAACACUUGACAGAUGGUGCCAAGUAUGCUUGGUCAGGGCGAGCUCAAGAUAACUUUGCUAAAUGCUUCAGAAGAUUCUGCUGCUGA